CAUGAUGAUGGACCUUUUUGAAACUGGCUCCUAUUUCUUCUACUUGGAUGGGGAAAAUGUUACCCUGCAGCCGUUAGAAGUGGCAGAGGGCUCUCCUUUGUAUCCAGGGAGUGAUGGUACCCUGUCCCCCUGCCAGGACCAAAUGCCCCCGGAAGCUGGGAGCGACAGCAGCGGAGAGGAACACGUCCUGGCGCCCCCAGGCCUGCAGCCUCCCCACUGCCCUGGCCAAUGUCUGAUCUGGGCUUGCAAGACCUGCAAGAGAAAAUCUGCCCCCACUGACCGGCGGAAAGCCGCCACUUUGCGCGAGAGGAGGCGGCUAAAGAAAAUCAACGAGGCCUUCGAGGCUCUGAAGCGGCGGACUGUGGCCAACCCCAACCAGAGGCUGCCCAAGGUGGAGAUUCUGCGGAGCGCCAUCAGCUACAUUGAAAGGCUGCAGGACCUGCUGCACCGGCUGGAUCAGCAGGAGAAAAUGCAGGAGCUAGGGGUAGACCCCUUCAGCUACAGACCCAAGCAAGAGAAUCUUGAGGGUGCGGAUUUCCUGCGCACCUGCAGCUCCCAAUGGCCAAGUGUUUCGGAUCAUUCCAGGGGGCUCGUGAUAACCGCCAAGGAAGGAGGGGCAAGCAUGGAUUCGUCGGCGUCGAGCAGCCUUCGAUGCCUUUCUUCCAUCGUGGACAGUAUUUCCUCGGAGGAACGCAAACUCUCCUGCGUGGAGGAGGUGGUGGACAAGUAACUCGGAGCCGGGACUGGGGACGUUUUCCACGGAGCCAGAUCACACCCUCCCUCCCUCGCCUAAUCCUUUCGAU